CAAGGCCAAAAAGGAACGGGCAUCGUUGAUACCGAGAGGUGGGGAAGAGUAGGAGAGGAAUAAAGGGUCACCACGGUGGAAGAACACCAAGUUUUUCUUUCGUUUUUUUUUUUUUUUCUUUUUUUUGCUUUCCUCCUCCACUGCUUUAAUGGUGAUGCUGGAUUGGAAAAAGCAAAAGGAAAAGGAAAAGGGGUACAGAAAGGAAAAGGGAAGCGCUUACGCCGUGGGAUGGGAUCUGGUGGUGGUAAGUGACAACAGUGGUGAUGGUGGGAAAAUGAGGGAGGGGUGGGGGGCCCGAUCUUACUGUCGCCUUGUGACCGCCUCUUCUUACGUUUCCGUUCAUUUCCAGCUCCACAUCCUUUGGCCUCUUCCUCCAUCUCAGCCCGCCCGUGACUACUGUGAGAGAGCAGCGGAGAAGAAGAUGAUGGAUCAUUAAAUCCCUUAACUCAACACGGCCUAUCGCUUAGGGUUUCACAUUUCGAAGUCCAGAAGAAUACUCUUCUUUCUUUCUAUCUUUCCUUCUCUCUUUGAUUCGCGAGUCCCCCUCCUGAAACCAUCCAGCUUGCUGUUCUGGGGUUGCCUAAGCCGGCUUUGUUCUCUAUUUCUCGAGGAAACCUACUAACACAGAGAGAAGGGAGUUUGUGGUUUUAUUUGAACCACGAAGCUCAUUACUCCGCGGCGGCGAGAAAGGACAAAGAGAAGGAGAAGAUCGUCCAUGACAAUGGGUCAUCGAGAAAACCCUAGCUUCCCUCUCUCUGCUGCGAUUCUGUCGUUGGUGCUUGUAAUCUUGAUCCCGUGCAUGGGGAGCCAGCUGCAAUCCUCUCAAGCAUGGUCCCUCCUGCGAAUCCAGCGUCUCCUCAACUACCCACCGGCUUUGAGUGGGUGGAAUACCUCGAUGGACUUGUGCUACGCCGAGCCGAAUCCAUCAGUCACCGUCGUCUGCUACGAGGACAGCAUCACCCAGCUCCAUAUCACGGGCGGCAACGACAGCUUCCUGGCCCCGCCUCUCUCACGCAGCUUCUCCAUCGAUUCCCUAUUCACCACCCUCACUCGCCUCCCCAACCUCAAGGUUCUCUCCCUCACAUCCCUCGGCUUGUGGGGUCCCUUUCCCCCCAAGAUUGCCCGCCUCUCUUAUCUCGAGAUCGUCAACUUGAGCUCCAAUUUCCUGUACGGAGCCAUCCCCGAGCGGAUCUCCGACCUGAGGAACCUCCAGACGCUGAUACUCGAUCGCAACAUGUUCAGCGGCCGCAUCCCCGAUUCCUUGGGCGCACUGUCUCUACUGGCCGUGCUCAGCGCCAGGAACAACUCCCUCAGCGGGCCUCUUCCCGAUUCCCUCGCCUCCCUGGAGUCGCUGCGAGUGCUUGCCCUCUCCUCCAACAGCCUUUCCGGCCAAGUGCCCGACCUCCGUGGUCUCGCCAACCUUCAAGUGCUCGAUCUGGAGAGCAACUACCUCGGGCCGCAGUUCCCGAGGGUGGCGAGGAAGGUGGUGACUCUUGUCUUGAGGAAAAACAGGUUCACCGGCGGCCUCUCCGCCGACGUAAUUAGCUCUUGCUAUCUACUCCAGCGGCUGGACAUCUCUUCCAACAGAUUCGUGGGGCCGUUUCCACCGUCGCUGCUGUCCCUGCCUUCCCUUCGCUAUCUAGACGUUGCUGGGAAUAGAUUUACUGGAAAGCUUUUCUCCAAUAUGUCGUGCAAUGACGAGCUCGAGUUUGUCGAUCUGUCCUCGAAUCUUCUGUCUGGGAACUUGCCGACGUGUCUGGUGUCCAACUCCAAUCCCAGGGUGGUCCUGUACUCGUCCAAUUGCCUGGCGGCGCAAGAUCGGACUCAGCACCCGCUCUCCGUUUGCCAGACUCAGGCUUUGGCUGUGGGAAUAUUGCCGCGCAAGCAGAGCAAAGCAUCGGCUUCUAAGGCACUUGUCGUGAUCGGUAUAGUUGGAGCGGUUGCGGGAGGCGCACUGCUUCUUGGUUUCCUCAUCUUUUUCGCUCUUAGAAGAGCGAGUCUCAAGAAAGCAAUGAAAAGACCCCCAAGAAGAUUAAUAGAGCAUGCUUCGAGUGGGUACCCUUCCAAGUUGCUGGCUGAUGCAAGGUACAUAUCGCAAGCAAUGAAGCUCGGAGCACUUGGAAUUCCAUCAUAUCGGUCAUUCUCUUUGGAAGAGCUUGUAGCUGCUACAAAUAACUUUGAAACAUCAAGUUUCAUGGGAGAAGGUUCUCAGGGUCAGAUGUACAGAGGAAGAUUAAAUGAUGGAUCCCUGGUGGCAAUAAGAUGCUUAAAACUUAAAAAAAGCCCCACCUCUCAGAAUCUCAACCGUCACAUUGAACUGAUUUCAAAGCUGAGACAUCGCCAUCUAGUCAGUGCUCUUGGACACUGCUUUGAGUAUUACCUUGAUGACUCCACUGUCAGCAGAUUAUUUCUUGUUUUUGAAUACAUAUCUAAUGGAACACUAAGAAGCAAUAUCUCAGAGGGAGUUGCAGGGCAAAGGCUUACAUGGAUACAGAGGAUAUCAGCUGCCAUUGGCGUGGCAAAGGGUAUCCAGUUCCUGCAAGCGGGCAUCAUUCCUGGUUUGUUUGCAAAUGAUCUGAAAAUCACAAAAGUACUUUUAGAUCAGAACCUUGUUGCAAAAAUCAGCAGUUAUAAUCUCCCAGUAUUAGCAGAGAAUAUGAAAGCUGAGGUACUAACUGGAGGUUCUUCAAGUGUGUCCAAGGAGCCAAAUGAAUGGCCUAAGCAUGCAGAUAAAAUCGACAUCUAUGACUUUGGGUUCAUCUUACUUGAAGUUGUAUCUGGAAGGCCAAUCACAUCUCAAAAAGAAGUGGAAAUAAUGAAGGAUCAGUUGCAAGCAAGCAUAGCAGCUGAUGGGGCUGGUAGGUGGAGGAGCAUUGUGGAUCCGGUCAUAAGUAGGGCAUGCUGUGAUGAAUCCUUGAAGACAGUUGUCGAGAUUUGUUUACGAUGUCUUUCCAAGGAGCCAUCACAGAGACCUUCAGUUGAGGAUGUACUCUGGAACUUACAGUUUGCUGCUCAGGUCCAAGAUGCAUGGAAGGGAGAUUCUCAAAGCAGUGAAGAAUCACCAUUAUCUCCUUCUCAUCCUCCCAGCUCACCGCUCAUGCUCAAUUAGCAGCAGCACAACUCACAGCAUGACUGUCACACAUUUUGCCCAUACAUCAAGCAGCUUAGUGCUGGAGGGCAACCAUUGUCUUUGCAUCAUUUUCUCAGCACAAUUUACUGCUAGUAGCUGCAUUUAUUCUCAGGAGAUGGAAGGGCGUGGAACAAGCAAAGACAACCAUUUAAUUCCUUUUCAUCAACACUGGCUGGCUUUGUGGAAGUGAUCUUUGACCAAUGUGGGAAGAAGCCUUCUGUAAUCUUCCUGAUGCCGGGAGCUGAACUUUUUUUGAAAGUUUGUAGCACCAAGACCCUGCAAGACAGAUUUCUGAUAGUGUAAAUUUAGUUUAAUAUUUUGUUUCUAUGUGAACAUCGACUCUUGGCAAGCGAGGAUAUUUUUAUACAAGUAGUUUUAAGAGAGAGCUGGAGGAGGCACUGAUGGAUUGUUACCAACGGUAAUCAUAUAAAAUCUCUCCCAUCCAUUGGAU